AUGGGCCCGCAGGCCUCCCUGUGCGGGGUGGUGCUGCUCUGCGCCCUGGGUCUGGGUCUGGGUCUGGGUCUGAGUCCCGCGCGAGGGCAGCACUGCGGCCCUGGCCGCUGGCUGCAAGGGACUGGGACCGAUACGCGCUGCUGUGGCUCCUGUGCCCCGGAUGAGAAGAACUGUUCUGACUGUAUAUGUGUCAAGUCCGAAUUCCACUGCGGGGACCCUGGAUGCCAGACCUGUACCCACCACCCCUGCCCUCCAGGCCAGGAAGCAGUGCCUGAAGGGAAUUUCAAGUUUGGCUUCAGAUGUGUGGACUGCGCUGUGGGGACCUUCUCCAGUGGCCACGAGGGCCGCUGCAGACCUUGGACAGACUGCGACCAGUUUGGUUUUCUCACCAUGUUCCAUGGGAACAAAACUCACAAUGCUGUAUGCAUCCUGGGGUCUCUGCCUGCUGAGCCACCUGGCCAGCUGACCCUCCUCCUCUUGGCCCUGGCCACCUGCAUCCUGGUCCUGACCACAGCCCAGCUCAGCCUGCACAUCUGGCAGCUGAGGAGGAAGCACAGGUGGCCUCAAGAGACCCCGCCACUUCUAGAGGUGCUCCCCCCACCCGCGGAGGAUGCCUGCAGCUGCCAGUUCCCUGAGGAGGAGCGGGGGGAGCGGCUGGAGAAGGACGAGCUGGGCCAUCCGUGGGUGUGAGGCUGACCAUCCUCAGGAGAAGCUGCACCCCAAGCCAGACCCUCCCCAGGAGCUGGCCCAGGCUGACCCUGGGGAGCCAGGGCUCUGCUUUCCAUCUGUUCGGGGCCCGGCCCUGCUCCCCUCAACGGUGGAAGUGGGUACAGGAUGGUGACAGUGACAAGUUCCCUAGACUGUGCGGAAGGGUGGUGGCCAUGGCUGGCCCUGUGGGAGAGAUGGGCAGCCAUGACUGCCCUCCUCCCUGGCCAGCCCUGCUGGGGUGGGGUCUGUGAUCCCCCCACGGGUGUGCAGUGUCCA